AUGUGGCCGGAGAAUUGUCUGAAAGCGAAAUGCGAGAUGGUCUACUUGCAUAAGUGUCCCGAAGAUUCUCGGCUGGUAACAGCGCGACCAGCACCGGGCGAAUGUUGCUUGCCACCAGGCGAAUGUCACUGCGACAUUCAGGUGUGUUUCUUCCCCGAGCUAACGAAAAAGCAUCCAGAAUUAGUCGAAAUGUCAUCAGCUGGUUGA